AUGAGACCCCGCUCUCCACACCAACCGCAAGAGACAGCCUUGACAAACUUUCUCUAACUGGGCAUGGGCAACCACUACCUCCAGGUUUUCCAUCUCCUUUUCUAUUCCCUGAUGGAUUGUCCUCCAUAGAGACACUUCUGACUAACAUCCAGGGUCUACUAAAGGUUGCUAUAGACAAUGCCAGAGCUCAAGAGAAACAGGUCCAACUGGAAAAGACAGAACUGAAGAUGGAGCUCUUCAGGGAACGAGAACUGAGGGAAACACUUGAAAAACAGUUGGCUGUGGAGCAAAAGAACAGAGCAAUAAUUCAGAAACGUCUAAAGAAGGAAAAGAAGGCAAAGAGGAAAUUGCAGGAAGCACUUGAAUUUGAGACUAAACGACGGGAGCAAGCAGAACAGACACUGAAACAGGCAGCUUCAACAGAUAGUCUCAGGGUCCUAAAUGACUCUCUGACCCCAGAGAUAGAAGCUGACCGCAGCGGGGGCAGAACAGAUGCUGAAAGGACAAUACAAG